GUUGUAAUUUUUAUUUUAAGUUAUUAAUUUUAGUUACCUUGUUUUCUAGGCGGAGAAUAUCUAGUAGGGAACUUUUAACGGAUUAAAAGUGGCCUACAGGCUAGUAUAUAUGAGUUCCCUGAACAUGUCUGCCAAUCUAGGAAGCUACUUUAACCCCAUCAUCCUGAGUGACGAUGAAGUUGACGAGUUUCGUGCACCCAUCGACAGUAGAGAAUAUACGGAUAUACAUUGGACUAUGCGUUGCAUCUUGAGGAAAGAUUUGCCUAGUGAUGAUGAGGUUAUAAUAGAAAUGGACCAUGCUAGGGGCACAACUAGGGAAGACAUCUAUCACGCAUGUUUCAGGUAUGAAACUGAAACUGAACCUGAAGAGGAUGAGGACACUAUACCCAUUAGAAGAUCCAAAAUACAAAGGAAAUAUAUUGACUAUGAUGAGGAUGGGGAAGAAGAAGAAACUGAUGAUGCAAUCUUCAUGCCUGAUCAGUAUCAGGAAGCUGAGGAUAAAGACAGCAAUGUAGUGCCUUAAAGCUAUAUUAUUUUUAUGUCUCUAAGAUAUAGCUAUACAUAGGGUAUUAGUUUUAGAAAUAAUGUUGGAUGUGUGCCAAGAGUGAUAGGGAAGUUUUAUAGAACUAUUGUUUUAGGAAAAAUAAAUACUAUGUCAUUCUUUCUUUUUAUACCCUUUAUGGAAGAAUAAAAGUUAUUAUUAAGUUUAUAUGAGUGAGUAAGAAUUUAUUCUGGGCACGUAAUUGGAAUUUUUUUUUAU